CCGACCCGGAAGCCGACCCUUUGUUUACUCAAAUUAAGCAGAAGGAUGGUAUGCUUCGUUUCUCUGGUUUAAAACAGCUCAAAAAACGCCAAAGUCUUGAGCUGUAAUAAUGUCCAGGCUCCAGAGUCUGAAGGUCUUCGUCAGCCAGCGGCUGUCCGCGGCCGUGGAGGAAAUCCUGGGACACCUGGAGGAGACGAUCCUGGAGUACGAAGAGGAGACGGAGCGACGCCAUCGAGACUUUCUGGAUGUGAUUUUAACGACUGAAAUGAAGCAUCGCAAAGCUGGUCGUUCAGAUGUCCAGCAGAUGUUGAUGAAGCUUCACUCUGAGCAGCAGCUGGAGAAAAGCUCCACAGUCGACCAGGAGGAACCAAAGAGCCUCCAGUUUAAAAUGGAACAAGAGGAAGUUGAGAUCACCACCAUGUUUAGUGGUUCUGUCCAAGUGAAGACAGAAGAACAGGAGGUGGAAGCUCAGUGUGCUGAGCUUCAUGACAGCCAGACUGAAGAAAUUGUAAUCAUUCUGGAGGAAGACGACGGUGGAGAAACUGAGACUUGCAUCGGUUACGCUGAUCCAGACUUAAUGGCACCAAAAACUGACCCAGGAGAUGAGGAGUGUGAUGUAAUCCAGGAUCAUGAAAAUCCUCUGAACGACAUCGGGUCUAAUGUUCUGAACUCGUUCCGAUGCUCUGAAUGUGGGAAAAGAUUCAAGUCCCUGAGCUACCUGAAGCUGCACAUCAGAUGCCACACAGGAGACAGACCUUUCCGGUGUCCGGUUUGCAGGAAGUGCUUCUCGUGGAGAGGUCGUCUCCAGAAGCAUAUGAGAAUCCACACAGGGGAGAAACCUUUCAGGUGCUCGGUGUGCGGAAGAAGGUUCAGCGAGAGCGGCAAUCUUAAGGUCCACAUGAGAAUUCACACAGGAGAGAAACCCUUCAGCUGCACCGUUUGUGGAAAAAGCUACGCACAACGAGGGAAUCUGAACAUGCACAUGGCUGUUCACAAAGGUGACAGCAUAAUCAAAUGCAGUCUUCAUCAUUCACAGCAGCUUCAUCAUCCCAGCCAGGCAGGGGUGAAUAGAAACUUUGUGCAAGGACAAGAAUUGGCAUCUCAAGAGGAUAUAAAAGCAGGACCUCAUCUCAAAGUUGAUGACAGUGGAAGUGCUAAAGUCCAUGUAAACUGUACAGGAGGUUCUACCUGUAAGAAACCUCUCAAUUGCGCUGUGUGUGGGAAAAGAUUUGGCUUUAAGGGACAACUGAAGGCUCACAUGAGAUGUCACACUGGGGAAAAGCCCUAUAAGUGCCCCAUCUGCUGGAAGUGUUUCUCGUGGAACGGCUGCUUGCAGAAACAUGUGAAGAUCCACACGGGUGAGAAGCCCUAUGAAUGCACUGUGUGUGGGAAAGGUUUUAUUGAAAGUGGGAACCUAAAAGUUCACAUGCGGAUUCAUACAGGAGAAAAGCCCUUCAGCUGUCCGGUGUGUGGGAGAAGAUACAGACAGAAAGGAGGUCUGACUAAACAUCUGGAAGUCCAUCAGGACCAGAAAUGAGUUCUGGAUGACUAAUUUUACUUGAAAUCGGAUGCAUCUUAUCUGCAGCUGUAAAACCUCAUUUUAUUGAAUAUUUGUGAAAUUUUUCUCCAAUUCCUAAUCCUGUAGAAUAUUAACCUAUUUAACCCAAAUAACCUUUUUAUACUAUAAUACUCGACUCAUUGUCUUCAGUUCUUUAACUGCAAAUAAGUCUAGAAAAAACCUUGAACUGUGA